AUGGACGGUUCGUUGGUUGUCUCAUGGAAUUGGCGGAGUCCUCCUAGCUCCAUCACAGAACUGUUGGAACUUGAUAGUUGUUUGAACGACCUCUCAUUGGUUUCUAUCGGUACCUCAUAUGAUAAAUGGAGUUGGCGUGGUUGCAGUUCUGGGGUUUUCUCUGUGAGCUCUUUACGUGGAGCUUGGGAGUCAAAAGUCUAUCCCCCACUUGAGUAUAAACACUUUUGGAAUAAUCUGGUAUCUAUUAAAAUCAACUUUUUUGCCUGGCGAGCUGUACUGAAUAGGUUACCUGUGAAAACUGAUCUCAUAAAAAGAGGAGUUGUUUUGAACUCUGGUACAUGUGAUCUAUGUGGUGCAGGUGUUGAAUAUGUUAUACAUCUUCCCUGGGAAUGUUGUUGGGUUCGAGAUGUCUGGAGUAUGGUUCAAUACUGGUGCGAGCUUGAUCUCUCUGAUAUUAAUUCUGUUGAACAUCUCCUCUCUGCCUCCCACUCCUUUGCCAAAUCGCCUUCUCAAAUAAAGAUGACUCACGCGAUCAUUUUUUCUGCUCUUUGGUCUUUGUGGAAAGCCAGAAACGACUGCUCCUUUAACAAUAUUACUCCAUCUCAGGCCCAUAUUUUUGAAGAUAUUAAGGCGAACUCUUUUCAUGUGGAUAAAAAACAGGAGAGGGGUACCUCCUUAAAUUGGUCUUCUUGGUGCAUUUUCCCUUUGAUGUAA